UGACAGAUAUUUUAUUUCUGUGUAUUAUGUCUUGCAUGUUUCAUAGUUAUAAUGGAAACAUGUUAAUGUAUUUAUUUUGUUUACUCUUGUCAUUUAGAUAUGUGGGAUGUUAUGACUUUAUACAGAAUGUUCACAUCAGUGACACAAACAUGAAUUCAGUUGUACGUGGCGAAGUAGCGGGAUCACCUUGCUUGAAAACUCUUGUACAAUCCGGCAGCGUUCAACGUUUUGAAAACCAGUUUUCCAUUUUUGAAAAGGACAAUAAAAAUAAAUUGAUCAAACAUGAACCAAAUUCUCAACCAGAAACAACUAUGCGAAAAACAAUUACGGAGACUGUUCUCAAAUCGCUCGAUAUAAAUGUGAAUCCUUGUGAUAAUUUCUUUAAAUUUGCUUGUGGUGGUUAUAUUAAAGAAAGCAAUCCGCCCAGCGGAGAUCAGUGGGCAUUCGGUAGACUAUGGGAUAGAAUCAGAGAUGCUGUCAAGGUGGAAAUUCAAAGUAUCGUUAAACAAAGUGACCAAAUUCCACUGAAAAAAGCAAAACAACUAUUCCAGUCAUGCAUGGAUGAGCAAACCAUAGAAAUCCGAGGAGUAGAGCCUAUACUUAAGUAUUUGUCUGCCCUGGGUGGGUGGCCUGUGCUAGGAACCUGGGAUAGUAAGAACUUUGAUUAUAUAGACUUGUUAGCGGUAACAAAACCACUUUUGAAAGACUGGCAAUUUCAUUACCAGAUGUCUGGAGUAAUCAUUGGUAUGACGGUGCAAAAGGAUUUUGGUGAAAAAGGUCCAUAUGCUGUAUAUUUAGACCAGCCUCGAUUAGGACAGUUUGAUUUUUCUGGAUUACCAAACCAGGAGGUUUAUCGACUUGGGAGACACAACUUAUAUAACAAGGCCUAUGAAGAAUAUUUAGUAGAUGUUGCAGUUUCCCUCGGGGCACAUCCUAACAUCGCCAAAAAGGAUAUGUGUGAUGUUGUAGAAUUUGAAACUGCAUUAGCAAAAAUAAUGUUAAUCGAGGAAGAGAGAAGACUAGUAAAUAUUCGAUAUAAUAAGAUAACUAUUCUUGAAAUGUCAAUAAGGUAUCCAAAAAUUGACUGGCUACGGUUUUUAAGGAAAAUUCUGGCCAUAGAAAAUAUCCAUGUAACUUAUCAAACUGAGGUUAUCUUAUGGGCUUCUCCCUACUUCGAUCAGUUGAGCUCAAUUAUCACUAAAACAUCAAAACGAACUUUGGCUAAUUAUAUUUUAUUCCGAGCGAUUCAGCCUUUGUUGCCAAGUGUAAGUAAAAAUCUACAAUAUGUGAAUCUCCGAUACAUUGCGACUGUCAACGGAUUAAGUGAACCAAAGUUACCAAAAAGGUCUGACUUUUGUACUGAUAUAGUUAUUGAACAGAUGGACUGGGUGACAAGUCGAAUAUUCAAAGAAAAUAAAACAGAUUCGGAUCAAACGCUCUCAUACGUAAAAGAGAUAAGAGGAUAUGUUCGGUUUAUUUUUACAGAUAUGAUAAGUAAAUCAAAAUGGUUGUCAGACAGAACAAAAUCACAAGUUCUGAAAAAAAUGCAAUCAAUUAGAGACAAAUUAGGAUACCCAGAAGAAGUUUUACAAGACAGUUUUCUAAAUUUUUACUACCGACAUUUUGAUAUGGGACAAUAUUUUUUUGAAAACAUGGUGGAAUCAUUAACGGAAAAUUAUAAAGUUGUACUGUUAAAACUUACAAACCCACCUAAGAAUGAAUGGCUCCUCCGUCCUGGGACAGUAAAUGCAUUGCAUAAUUUGGGUACAACAGCCAUUGAAAUACCAUUGGGAGUAAUGAGUGACCCUUUCUUCGAAAACUAUUAUUCACCUGGAAUGAAUUUUGGCGGCAUUGGAUUUUUAAUUGGACACGAAUACGCCCAUGGAUUUGAAGUUACAGGAAUGAAAUUUGACUGGAAGGGUUUAAUUCGACGAUAUUGGUCCGAUAAAUCUGCGUUAAAGUUUCGAGAUAAAGCUGACUGUUAUGUACGUCAAUACUCGCAAUAUUAUAUACCGGAAGUCGAUUUAAAUGUUACAAAUGGAAAUAAAACAUUAAAUGAAAAUAUGUGUGACAAUUUAGGCGUAAGAGCAGCAUUUUAUGCAUAUAAAAAGUUUAAGCACGAUAGAAACAUAAGUGAGAAAGUGCCAGGACUACCGUUUAACGACGACCAACUGUUUUUCAUAAAUAUGGCAAGAGUAUGGUGUUCUAACUCAUCACCUUUAUUUAUCAGAAAAGUGCCUUUACUUGAUCAUCACACUCUCCCUAGGUUAAGAGUGAUUGGUCCACUUCAAAACAGCCCAGAAUUCGCAUCAACAUUUCAGUGUCCAAGAGGUUCAUUUAUGAAUCCUAUAAACAAAUGUGGGUUUUGGUAGACAGUUUAUAUUAGCAAUAGCAUUAAAAU